AUGUUUUUCUUCGGCCUGGGGAAGCUGUUUUAUGUCAUUAUCCUCAUCAUCAAUGCCAUCGCUAUCCUCUCCGAAGACCGCUUCCUAGCUCGCGUCGGAUGGGGUCGCACGCAAGCAGAGCCUGGAUUUGGCGCGUCAUACGAUAGUACAAGUGUCAAGGCCAAGACCAUCAAUCUUAUCGCGAGUGUGCGCACCGUGAUGCGAAUACCUCUUAUCAUCAUCAACACCGUCAUCAUUGUGUACGAGCUGAUCCUCGGUUAA